AUGACAUCACCGUCGCUGAAAGUUGGCUGGUAUGGCCUCGGAUCAAUGGGACUAGGAAUGUCGCUCAACCUCCAAAAACAUUUCAAGAGCAACAACGCAUCGCCACUUCUUUACUCUAAUCGCACUUUGUCAAAGGGUGAUGUCCUCCGUGAUGAAGGCGCGAUACCCGAACAGAAGUUCGAAGAUCUCGUUCAAAAGUCGGACGUUAUUUUUACAAUGAUCUCCAUGGACGACGUCCUGAUCGAACUUUUGAAUAAAGUAUUGGUCGCAGGCGACACAUUGAAAGGCAAAAUAUUCGUGGAUACUUCUACUAUCCAUCUAGACACUUCGGAAUGGGCCGCAUCACACCUCAGUGCACAUGGCGCAGUAUUCAUUUCAGCUCCUGUGUUCGGUGCUAGUGCUGUGGCAGCUGCCGGGAAGCUCAUAUUCGCGGUUUCCGGACCUACCAAGGCAGUUCAGACAAUCAAGCCACUUAUCAUAGACGUUAUGGGACGCAGUAUCAUCGAUAUGGGAGAAGACGUGCGGAAAUCCAGCCUUCUCAAAAUAUCCGGAAACAUUCUUGUCAUCAGUUUCAUGGAGGUCAUUGCCGAAGCGCAGGUCUUUGCAGAAGUCACAGGCAUUGGCAACCAACAAUUGGAGGAGUUCAUUGGCAAUAUGUUUGGUCCUGUUCUCGAAAGCUACUCAAAGCGUAUCACAACUGGCACGUAUGCACCGUCACUGGACACAUCCCCAGGCUUUGCAGCGGCUCUUGCAAGCAAAGAUAUGAAACACGCUCUCUCAAUUGCUGCCGGUCAUGGAACUCGACUUCCAACCCUCGAAGUUGCAUCGAGUCGUCUUACGGCAGCACGAGAAUAUGCUGGUGAGUGCUUGGAUAGCUCGGCCAUUUAUGGAACAGGGCGAUUAGAAGCGGGUUUGUCCUUUUGGAGAGAAAAUAGCCGACAGGGAAAUUGA